CACACACGCACACACGCACACAUGCUCGUUUCUCUUCUUUCGGACUGGUGAUUGAUUAAAUGAUUGAAUGAUUAUUACUAUCUUGUCAGUCCUCCCGCCGGACCCAGUGCAGCCCAGCCCGACCAACAAGAAAUCCGUGACCACCACCUUUUGUUACUAAAACCACCACCCCCCCUCUCCAAUGUCUUCUGUUUCCGUUUCCGCCUCCGCCUCUCCCUCCUCCAACCUCCUCCCCUCCUCUCCCUCUCCUCUUCCCUCCUCCGACUCUCGUUUACGUCCUCUCCGUCGCCUUAGUCAACUGCGUGCCUACACUCAACUCCAUUUUUCUUCCCCUCCUCAACAACCACAACAACAACAGCAACCCAGUGUCGCCUCCUCUUCCUCCUCGUCCACCAACAGCCAGCGGGUUUCGCGUCGUCAUACUCUCGGUAGUCGAGUUUCUUGGUUUUCAGCCGCCUCCACCGGACCCGAUUCUUCGACCUCGACAGUGGGGACAACCACCCGGGCCCCAUGUCCCGAAAGUGAAUAUCAGUCCACGUUCGCCCGCUAUAGCUCGGUUUUUUCCCCCAGCUACCGUGGCCUCGAGCUCGACUUGCGCUCCCAGCCAUCCCCUACAGAAUCGUCCAACCCCCCUCUUCGCAACGAGACGGCCACUGCCACUGGGAACCAGACACAGGAAAUCAUGGCGCGACCCCGAGGUUCAUCACAGGCCGUCGAGGCGAGGCCUAACGGGGAGGUGUCGAGCGCAGGGAACAUCCUUGAGAGUCCCGAUCCAGUCGUGUCCGAAAGCCCGUGUACUUCGUCCCCGCGACCGAAACAAAAAGCCACCAUCCGUUUCUUUCCCCACCAAGACUCGCACGCCAGCAGCCGCCCUUCAUUGCCUUUCAUCCCAAUCUCUCGCACAUUACCAUCCGAUAGUUGUGUUAUUCGUGUUGGGCGAUACUCGGAGCGGGAUGGCACGCCCGUGGCCAACCCCACAGAGCCUUCCGAUGCCCCUGUCGGGUUCAAGUCAAAGGUCGUGAGUCGCAAACACUGCGAGUUCAUGUAUCUGAACGGACAGUGGCAUGUCAAGGAUGUCGGCAGUUCGUCCGGCACCUUUCUCAACCACAUGCGACUGAGCCAGCCGAACAUCGCCUCCCGACUUUAUACCAUCAAGGAUGGGGAUAUUGUGCAGUUGGGGAUUGACUUCCGCGGUGGCGAGGAAAUGAUCUUUCGCUGUGUCCGCAUACGGAUCGAAUGCAAUCGGUCCUGGCAGCAGCAGCCCAAUGAAUUCAACAAAAACACCGAAAAUCUUAUCAAGAAUCUUGGAAAGGGGGACGCCGCGGAUUACUCUGGAUGUCGAGAAUGCUCCAUCUGCCUGGGAUCUGUUCUACGCCCUUACCAGUGCCUCUUCAUGGCCGCGUGUGCCCACGUCUGGCACUACAAAUGUGUCAGCCGCCUGAUCCAUACACCCGACUAUCCCAUGUUCCAAUGCCCCAACUGCCGUGCCUACACCGAUUUAAGUGCGGAAGUAGACGAUACCAACGACUUUGAGGAGCAAGAGGAAUCGAAAUCCGCUUCUGCGGAAGAUAAGCCCGACGCCCUGGAACCCGCUCGGUCGGAGACACAUACCCCUCAACCGGACCCCAACGCUAUCACACAACCCUCGCGGUCUUCUGGUGAUGAGCGUCACCCCGAGACUCGACUUCCCGUCGAGGCAGGACUAGCCGCCAAUAUUGAGAAUAUGCGGCUUCAAGAUUUAGAUGCGUCGGAUGAUAAUUCCUCCCAGCCGCGGGCGCCUACAUCGAAUCCUGAUUCUGUCCCGUCCAAUGCCAACAAUGAAGUUCCCGGCUGGCAGUCGUUGACCCAGUCGCCCUCGUCCGCUCAAACUCGCCCGGCUCAAUUGCGUGCUGAAACGCCCGUGCGCUCUGAGUCGUCGGACGAGAACCCUCUGACGCCGUUGAAUGAUUCGGGCCCGUUGGCCCUCGACGGCCGGGCUGCAAUGCCCUAGCCUAAUUCCCGCCACGCUGCGUUUCGGGGGAUUUGUUCUGCAUUGAGCGAACCCUUUGCUCUAGCGAAAUUUGCAUUUGUUGUGAUCACGGCCAUUAUCGCAGCUGUCGCGCUCUUUCAUUUUCCGUUUGCAUUUCCGUUCAAGCCACUGUCAUCCUCGUCGUUCUCAUCAUCAUCGUCCAUCAUGUUUUUCUCUUCUUUUCAGCCUAAGCAUCGAGCAUUGCGGUCCACCCCGUUGAUAUGACUUAUACCCAUUCUGAAGCAACCCUUUCUUUUA